AUGUCAAAAUUGAAAGUGUUUCUCCUCUUGUUGAUUAUAUCAAAUACUGGAAUUGACUGUCGAGCACUUCGUAAACGACGUGGAAUAUGGCCGAAUGUUCUUGCCCCAGGUGGAAAUACUUUUGCAACAAGUGGGUACUACGGAAUGCAAAGCUACAUUGCUUAUCCAGAGACUGGUAUUGCCUACAAUCCAAAUGGUCCAGGUUGGAAUCCGUAUUGGCAAGGCUACUAUCAACAAAACCAAUUCAAUAGUUAUAACCCGUAUGGAUACAACCAACCAUAUUUGUAUGGAAGUGGUCAAGGCAUACCCUAUGGAGGAUUAGGAAUGAACAAUGGAUUUCCUAACAGCGAUCCAGCCUACUACAAUGGAUAUUAUCCGAGUGGACCUGGAAAUCUCUGGUAUCCGCCUGGCAGUAAUUUUGGUGGGUCACUGCGUUCGGGCGCAGCUAGUCCAAGAAUACAUCGUAAUACCGACAGACUAAGUCCAAUCGAACGCACUAAUAUGCCGGCAUUAGGGCCGAGGGAUCCAAGAAACAAAUGA